AUGAACCCAAAAUCCCCAAAUUCAAACCCUAAAUCGUUAAUCGUGAAUAGGAGGGAGGCGCCUCCUCCUUCUCCGACCAACAGCAGUCUUCCGCCUCUCCCGGCAGCUGACGGGCGGUCGACUUACCCAACUGCGCCUGAGCCCCGGUCGGCGGAAUUCCACCCGACCGUAUGGGGAGACUUCUUCAUUACCCUUGUCUUCCAUUCCGAAGAGUCGGUCAGCGGCUGGAACCAGCAGAUUGAAUCGCUGAAGGAAGAGGUGAUGGUGAUGCUAUCCGCAACCGACGCCAAACUGUCCCAAAAGUUGAACCUAAUCGAUACGAUCGAGCGGCUCUGGUCGAAGAAGAAGAAGAAGUAA